CCUAGCAAGUAAAUAUAGACAUAGGCUUAUACGGAAGUAUGCAGAGCAGCAGAUAGCAAGGUGGUUUAUAUAGGAACAGCAGACUUUUAUUAUAAAAAAACAGUUAGCUGACAGGCUUUACCCCCAGAUGCCGUUCUGUCAGUCUAUCCCUCUGUGAUCAUUGAUCCCUGGAUGACGGCUCGUCUCAGUCGCACUAGGUAAAUUUACAGCUGACGUUUGAGAACACUAAGACGACGUAUCAAUCAAUUAAAGUGUCAUCUCAGCUUGAUACCUGUGAGGGAUACAGAUAGACAGGCCUUUAGAUCUACAGAGGAGGGGCACUGACUGUGUAUAUACGCGGUAUGGCGGUGAUACGGAGGGUGGGUGUCCUUCUGACUCUCCUCACGGGGCUCAUCCUAGGGACAGGGGCUUCAGCGUUUUCAGAGUGCCCGUCAGAAGAGUGGGAGCUUGAUGAGGAACACAAUCGCUGCCUGUGGCUGUCUAAGACGGGACUGGAUUAUGACUCGGCCCGAGAAGACUGUAGGAGUAGGGCGGGACAUUUGACAACGCCUGACAAAACAGAUAUACUGCAAAAGUCGUUUGGCUCGAGAGAGAGACGCCUCUCUUUUUGGACUGAGUACCUUUUGGUUUUGCACGGCCCUAGGUACCGAUUAUUUGAUGGUUCCGGUACGGAAGUAGAGCUGUCAUCGUGCGGUGAGUGCCAGUCACUGCUUGACCAGUCCUCAGAAGUGAGAAACCAGUCGGUGACACGUGUCUGCGCUUACGUGACCGCCAACACGUUCUUGACGUGGACUACAACGGACUGUCAACAGGAGCACAGCUUUGUCUGUCAUCGUACUCAAAAUUCAGAGCACCAGCCGCUGGCACCACGAGAUAUUGCGGCCAUUGCUGUCGGAGCCUUUAUCCUUCUGUCUUUCUUCGUGACAUUGUCCAUUGACUUUUACUUACACGUGAAAAGGGAAAAACAGAAGUACGUAAACAGUACAAAGCCCGACCUUGACCACGAGAAAACGCCACCGUUAGAUUUUUCCGUCACCAAUUUUGGUUCAAAAGUAGAACUCAUUCCGACAAAUGCAUUUCCGAGCAAUGUAUAGUUAAGAUGGUGUCUCUACUCCUAACUUUGGUUCACACGCAAAACUCAUUUCUGACUUAAGUCAAAAUUUGAAAUACAAUCCUAAAGUUUAUUUUUCCGUUUCAUAAAGUAAAACUUUGUGCAACUCAUCAAUGUUAUCUUAAGCCAAAUGUAUCCAAAUUUCGACUUUUAAUACCAAAAACUGAGCAUCAGAAAUGGCUUUGUCGAAUCAGCCCCCGGGAUCAGGAAGCGAUCGUAAGUCAAAAUUUUAAUCAUUAAAUUUGGUUUGUUCAUUUCCGUUGUUGAAAUUUGUUGUACAGUAACUUUAAUUGUCGCUCAAUAUUUUAACCUGGUUACAUAGGAAAUAACAAUUUUAAAGUGAUUUUAAAUUUUGACUCAAGUCGAAGAUAGCUUCAUGAAUUCGUGGCCUGGUACUGUAUGUAUAGGAUAUGUGGACUUGGCGUGUCAGAUAACGUCUAACACCGUAAAGUUCAACGUAAAGGAUGUGCAUGUACUAUUGU